UGGAGCGGUGGGCACACAGUAGUAAUAAGGCAGCAGCGGGCCACAUAGCACCGGGGCAGCAGCUCCAGUGUCCCCAUCGCUAAUAAUAGCAGCAGCAGCAGCAGCAGCAGCAGCAGCAGCACCCGGGUCCCGGCUGGCCGCCGCACGCAGGGAGAGGAAGCGGCAGCAGCAGGCUGGGGAGAGGGAGGAGGAGGAGGAGAGAGCCCUAACCUGGCCGCAGCCAAUGACAGGCGAGUCUCCGGCGGUGACAUAUGCAGCAGCGGCCAGAGCCGCCGCUGGAGCAGGAGAAUAAAGAUGGCAAUGUCCCUGAUGGAGGCAUGCCGCAGCCUGGCGCUCUCCACCUGGCUGCUCUCCUGCUGCUUCGUGCAUCUGCUCUGCAUGGACUUCACCGUGGCGGAGAAGGAGGAGUGGUACACGGCCUUCGUCAACAUCACCUACCACGACCCGGCCACCGGCGCCAACAGGACAGAGAAGAGCGAGUGCGGGCGCUACGGGGAGCACUCCGCCCGGCAGGACGCCUGGGGCUUGGCGGUGAUGCCCUCCCCGCAGGACAGACUGGCCUGUGACCCGGCCACCAAGUUCCCGGUGCCCGCUCACGCCGGCAGAUGGGUGGCCCUGAUCCCUGUGGGGAACUGCUCGUGUAGGGAUAAGAUCCGUCACGCCGCCCUGCAAAACGCAUCGGCCGUGCUCAUCUAUAACGUGGGCUUCGGCAAUGACACCAUCACCAUGUCUCACCCAGGUAUUGAAGAUAUCGUAGCAAUAAUGAUCCCAGAGCCUAAAGGGAAGGAAAUUGCAAGCUUGCUAGAAAAAAACCUUAAUGUGACUAUUUACAUUACAAUUGGAACACGGAACUUACAAAAAUUUGUCAGCCGUACAUCAGUGGUGUUUGUUUCCAUAUCCUUUAUUGUUCUUAUGAUCAUCUCUCUUGCCUGGCUAGUAUUCUACUAUAUCCAGAGGUUCAGAUACGCAAAUGCACGAGACAGAAACCAGAGACGGCUGGGUGAUGCUGCAAAAAAAGCCAUCAGCAAAUUACAAGUUAGAACUAUUAAAAAAGGGGAUAAGGAGACAGAGCCAGAUUUUGAUAACUGCGCUGUAUGCAUUGAAGGAUACAAACCUAAUGAUGUUGUCCGAAUCUUGCCAUGCCGGCAUCUCUUCCACAAGUCUUGUGUGGACCCUUGGUUAUUAGAUCACCGCACCUGUCCAAUGUGUAAAAUGAACAUUCUCAAAGCUCUUGGCAUACCGCCUAAUGCAGAUUGUUUAGAUGACAUCACUCCAGACUUUGAUGGUUCAGUAGGACCACCAACCAAUCAAAUUACAGGAGCCAGUGAUGUCACUGUGAACGAGAGUUCAGUAGGUGUAGAUUCCGCUAUCCGUACGGUGGGUGUCCUACAAAUUAUCCAAGAUGCAGAUGUACUUCCGCAGGUCGGCGAGGUCAGCUAUACUGCAAGCAGUGAACAAGAUCCGGUAAUCAGCAGUGACUCUGAUAUAUCUCUGAUUAUGGCAGUAGAAGUGGGACUUUCAGACGUGGAUCUUUCCACUGAUCAGGACUGUGAGGAGGUGAAGUCAUGAGCAGGUCUGUUGCUGCGGACCAUAGAAAAGAUAUAGGACAUGUGACGUGGUCAGCUCUCCUGGAGUAUGGACUAUUCCAAAAAGUAAAAACCACACACCAUCACCAUAAAUCUCCAGUGCACUCCAUUAAGGGAUGAUCAUGAAAAAGCAAUAGCACCAGGUGCCUGCUAUUGUCAGCACAGUUCCUUCCCGCUGGAUUUUAAGUUGUGUUGAUAUGGGAGCAGAAGCCUUCUGGUUUCCUCACUUGUGCAAGGCUUCAGUCUGCAGGCUUCCCUGAUGAGGAUGGUAGACAUGGAACUAAAACAAGAUCUUUGAUGCUAUUUAAAAAAAAGAGAUAUAAACUUUGCUACCCUUUUCUGUUGUUUACCCAGUUUUAAUCAGUGUAUUUCAAUCACAAAUACCAUGGUCCUGAUAGCAAAUCUCUAGAUUUUUUUACUUCAAGGCUUCUCUGCCAAGUCAACAGGAAGAGAUUGUGAUGGUCAUGUGUGAAAGCCUUACUCUUAUCUUAAGAAAGCUAUGAUUACCGGAUGGGCAACCAUCCCAGAAGCACUAGAGAAGAGACUGUCUGUAGAGUGCCCAUACCAAUUGCAUGUGAUACGACAUUUCUCAUGAACUGCAUAAAGAAUGUUAGGUACUAGAGUUACAGGCUAUUACUUUGGGUCAUAAAGAAGACUCAGACGUCAGUGAACAAGAACACUAUGUCAAUGCACAAUCUAUUUUACAUCUAACAUCACUGAAAGUUUGUUUAGAUUUAAGAAAAAAAAAUAGAAUCCCCACUUAAUUACUUAGGAGAACCAAUCCUUUUCACACUUAAUGAAGAAUUAUCCAGUAUUGUGCUUAUGCUAUAAAGUGGGUAUGUUUUUUUUUUCCAAGAAUAAAUAUAUAUUUUUUCAAAAUCGAAUAUAACUAUUAGUUUGGGAAUGAAAUAAAAAAACCAAACAGUG